AAAAAGUAUAAUGGUAUAUGUCAAAUCAAGAAAAAAAAUUAUUAUUCCAGUCAGAUACAUUUUAAUUCGGAUAAACACUGUUCCUAUUUGAUAAAUAACGAAAUUUAAACGAAAUGCUUACGCGAGCUCUUACCUCAAGAGCUCUUUUACUAAGGACUCUUAAAAAUAGCGCGGAUAAUGUAAAGCAGGCUAAAAGAAACGCUGGCCAUGGAGUAUGGACGUAUAGGAUGCCGCCACCGAUGCCGUCGAAGAGUUCGAUAUACCUGGCCGAGGGCCUUGGCGCGUUCGCUUGGUGGUGGGUGUUCUACCAUAUCUUCACUGAACCAGAGCACAUCUAUGGUGAAUGGCCGUAUGUUGAUCCGUGCACAUGGACUGAUCAAGAACUGGGCAUCCCACCCGAUAGCAAGGGCCCUCUAAAAUCAACUAAUAUGUAAUAGAUAGUUACCAGUAGAAAAUGUAUUUUAAAUAAAUAUUCAUGUAGAUGACCAUUUCCAUGUUGUGUUAAAAUAGAAAUAAAAUGUAAUACAAAA